UCUCUCUAGGCUGGGCUAGAGGCUUGAUGCUCCCUCUCUCUCUCUCUCUACUGGAAUUGGUCAAAUGAAAAUGCGGUGAAAUUCACUCACCUAUUUAUUCCGAACUUGAUCCUAAAUAUCUGGAGACUUUGGAGAGAACUUUGGUCCGAUUUGAGGGAGAGAAACUCGUGUUCGGAUUAAGAAUUGCUUGGAUGGUGGUGGUAAUAAUGGGGGCCAAGGAAAAUGGAACGGAAGCCAUGGAAGAGAUUUCUGAAGCAGCAGAGCACACAUUUCCAGACCUCCCCGCUUCUCCCAUCACCAUUUACAUCUCUCUCCCCCUUCCGCAAAUGAAACCCAAAAUCGUAGAUUUGUGCAAGAGUUUGUUUAAGAAGUGGUCUUGCUUGGAAGAUUCGCGUUUCUCAAUUGAAACUGUGUCCGGAGGGAUCACAAACCUCUUAUUAAAGGUUUCUGUAAAAGAAGACAAUGGGAAGGUUUCUCUUGUUACUGUUAGACUUUUUGGCCCUAACACUGAAUAUGUAAUUAAUCGGCAACGAGAAUUGCAGGCCAUAUGCUAUCUUUCAGCUGCUGGAUUUGGGGCAAAGUUGCUUGGUGUAUUUGGGAAUGGGAUGGUGCAAUCUUUCAUUGAUGCUCGAACUCUUUCUCCAUCGGAUAUGAGCCAGCCAAAAAUUGCUGCUGAAAUAGCAAGACAACUUUGUACUUUCCAUCAGGUGGAAGUACCAGGAUCCAAAGAGCCCCAGCUAUGGGAUGAUAUUUAUAAGUUUCUUGAGAGAGCUUCUGGUAUUAAAUUUGAUGAUAGUGAGAAGCAGAAAAGAUAUGAUACAAUAUCUUUCCAGGAGAUCCAAGAUGAGGUUAUGGAGCUCAAGGCACUAACAAACUCUUUGAAGUCGGACGUGGUGUUUGCGCACAAUGAUUUGCUUUCUGGCAAUUUGAUGCUAAAUGAAAAAGAAGGGAAACUUUACCUCAUUGAUUUUGAGUAUGGAUCAUACAGCUACCGAGGAUAUGACAUUGCAAACCACUUCAAUGAAUAUGCAGGCUUUGACUGCGACUACAGUCUGUGUCCGGAUAAGGAGACACAAUGCCAUUUCUUUAGGCAUUACUUAAAUCCUGAAAAACCAGAGGAGGUGUCUGAUGAAGAUCUUGAAGCACUUUAUGUCGAGACAAAUUGCUUUAUGCUAGCAUCACACAUAUAUUGGGCCCUUUGGGCACUAAUUCAGGCAAAAAUGUCUCCGAUCGACUUUGAUUAUCUUGAGUACUUCUUCCUGCGAUAUAAUGAACAUAAAAACCAGAAGGAGAAGUGCUUUGCCCUGGCACGAACAUAUCUUUCGGGCUCCAAAGUUGGAUGACUAUUGCCGUCUAGGUUAGUUUUUGAUCUUCUGAACAAGGUGGGAUAGCUCAUGUCGAGGAAGGAAUUCUACUCCAGUUCAUUGUACUCUGUGUUAUAUAUUUUCAUGUAGUAGUAACAUAGAAAUAACUCAUGUUAGUGAUCUGAGGAGAUGCGUCCUCCAUAUAGGUAGCCAUAUUUUUUCUGUUGCAUAUUCUUUAGCAAGCGGAGACUUUCUAUGGUGAGUAGGAGCAUUCAUGUGCGUUUUGUGGGACAAUAAGCAGGCUUGUGAAGUCUCCUGUGUGGACUGAAGCCUGGAACAUUUCUUUUCACGAAAACAAAACCCCUAUUUGCAUUCAAUGGAAUUCAUGAACUUCUGAUUUGACAGAGAAAACUGGUGAAAACUUGCCAUGAUUUAUGUAUAAAAUGGUUGAGGAAGUAUUUGAUGAAA